CUUCAGCCAGUCACAGUGCCAUUGCAGCUAAUUCGGCCACCGCACAGUCUCGCGAGUUCUCACAGCUUCUGGAGGUCGCAUUCGUCAUAAUUUAUUGGCUGCACCAGCGCUGCUUUACGCGCUGCAGCCUAGCAACAAGUUGUCAGAGUGCCACCCACUGCAACCACCGCUCGUGCGCGCCGACGACGCGACAACCGAGUGAUUCCGCAGCCAUGCCGCGCCGCUGGCUGCUGCUCGUCGCAAGCACGCAAGCUUUGACAGCACCGCAGUUCUACGACAGUGCAACGAAAGCACCGGCCUUCUACAAACUUGUGAGUAGAGGCGGCGGCCCCGUCUUCGCGUCCAAACCCCGCCCCCAACCGUUGGUGGUCGGCGUCGCCGGCGGCACCGCUUCUGGUAAAACUGCAUUAACAGCAAACAUCGUGGAGCUGCUCGGCGCGGAGGCGGCAAGCGUCGCGUCGAUCACGCAAGAUUCAUUCUACAGAGACCUUACGGUCGACGAGAUGAACAGAAUAGAAGAAAUCAAUUUCGACGUGCCCGAGGCCUUUGACUUCGACGAGAUCGAGAGUGUUUUGACAGCCCUGAAACGAGGAGACACGUCCGUACGAGUACCUACGUACGACUUCGUGGCGAACGCGCGACGACCUCCAUCGAAUGAUAUUAUACUGGAGGACUCACCUAGAGUUGUUUUUUUUGAGGGUAUAUUAGCUCUACACUCGGAGCGAUUACGAGACCUCAUGGACCUGAAGAUCUUUGUCGACGCCGACGCCGACGUCAGACUCGCAAGGCGUAUUAGGAGGGACGUCGCCGAGCGGGGAAGGGACGUGGACGGCGUGCUGCGGGCGUACGAGACGUUCGUGAAGCCCGCGUUCGACGAAUUUGUACUCCCCACAAAGCGCCACGCCGACGUCGUCGUGCCGCGGGGUGCGGAGAACGCCGUGGCGAUCGAUCUCCUUGUGAGGGGCAUCCGGGAGCGGACGCUGGAGCGGUCGGCGCAGGCGGCGUCAUCGAAACCGGCGCGCGUCAUCGUCGCGCCCUGAACUACUUUGUAUUUGUGUAAUAAGGAUGCAUAUA